CUUUCAUUUGUAACACUCACAUCAUUCCAGUGAAGAACCAAGAGGGUGUGGCCAUGAUGUUCAUCAUUAAUUUUGAGUAUGUGACAGAUGAGGAAAGCGUGGCCUCCCCGGAGAGGGUAAACCCCAUAUUACCAGUCAAAUCUGUAAACCGGAAACUCUUUGGGUUCAAAUUUCCUGGUCUCAGAGUUCUUACUUACAGAAAGCAGUCCUUACCCCAAGAAGACCCUGACGUGGUAGUAAUCGAUUCAUCCAAACACAGUGAUGAUUCAGUCGCCAUGAAGCACUUUAAGUCUCCUACAAAAGAAAGCUGCAGUCCCUCUGAAGCAGAUGACACAAAAGCCUUGAUACAACCUAGCAAAUGUUCCCCAUUGGUGAAUAUUUCUGGACCCCUUGAUCAUUCUUCUCCCAAAAGGCAAUGGGACCGACUCUAUCCUGACAUGCUGCAGUCAAGCUCCCAGCUGACCCACUCACGAUCGAAGGAAAGCCUUUGCAGCAUUCGGAGGGCAUCUUCAGUCCACGACAUAGAAGGAUUCAGCGUCCACCCCAAGAACAUAUUUAGAGACAGGCAUGCAAGUGAAGGACCUUUUAAUCAUAUCAAGUCAAGCCUCCUGGGCUCCACAUCAGAUUCAAACCUCAACAAAUACAGCACCAUUAACAAGAUUCCACAGCUCACUCUGAAUUUUUCAGAUGUCAAAACUGAAAAAAAGAACACAUCACCUCCUUCUUCAGAUAAAACCAUUAUUGCACCCAAGGUUAAAGAACGGACACACAAUGUGACAGAGAAAGUUACCCAGGUUCUCUCACUGGGAGCAGAUGUCCUGCCAGAAUAUAAACUGCAAACACCACGCAUCAACAAGUUUACAAUAUUGCACUACAGCCCCUUCAAGGCAGUCUGGGAUUGGCUAAUUCUGCUGCUGGUCAUUUACACGGCGAUAUUCACCCCCUAUUCUGCAGCUUUUCUGCUCAAUGACAGAGAAGAACAGAAAAGACGAGAAUGUGGUUAUUCUUGUAGCCCUUUGAAUGUGGUAGACUUGAUUGUCGAUAUUAUGUUUAUCAUAGACAUUCUAAUAAACUUCAGAACAACAUAUGUAAAUCAGAAUGAAGAAGUGGUAAGUGAUCCUGCCAAAAUAGCAAUACACUACUUCAAAGGCUGGUUCCUGAUCGACAUGGUCGCAGCCAUUCCUUUUGACUUGCUGAUUUUUGGAUCAGGUUCUGAUGAGACAACAACAUUAAUUGGUCUUUUGAAGACUGCUCGACUCCUUCGUCUAGUGCGAGUGGCCAGGAAGCUGGAUCGAUAUUCAGAAUAUGGCGCUGCUGUUCUAAUGCUCUUAAUGUGCAUAUUUGCCCUAAUUGCUCACUGGCUGGCUUGCAUUUGGUAUGCAAUUGGGAAUGUAGAAAGGCCAUAUCUGACUGACAAAAUUGGAUGGUUGGAUUCCUUAGGACAACAAAUUGGGAAACGUUACAAUGACAGUGACUCAAGCUCUGGACCAUCCAUUAAAGACAAAUACGUCACAGCACUUUAUUUUACCUUCAGCAGUUUAACGAGUGUAGGAUUCGGAAAUGUGUCUCCAAACACCAAUUCGGAGAAAAUCUUUUCAAUUUGUGUCAUGUUGAUUGGCUCAUUAAUGUAUGCAAGCAUUUUUGGGAAUGUAUCUGCAAUUAUUCAAAGACUGUACUCGGGAACUGCCAGGUACCACAUGCAGAUGCUGAGAGUCAAAGAGUUCAUUCGCUUCCACCAAAUCCCCAACCCUCUGAGGCAACGGCUUGAGGAGUAUUUCCAGCAUGCAUGGACUUACACCAAUGGCAUUGAUAUGAACAUGGUCCUAAAGGGUUUUCCAGAAUGUUUACAAGCUGACAUUUGUCUGCAUCUCAACCAGACUUUGCUGCAAAACUGCAAAGCCUUUCGGGGGGCAAGUAAAGGUUGCCUUAGAGCAUUGGCAAUGAAAUUCAAGACCACCCAUGCACCUCCAGGAGACACACUUGUUCAUUGUGGGGACGUACUCACUGCGCUUUAUUUCUUGUCUAGAGGCUCCAUCGAAAUCCUCAAAGAUGACAUUGUGGUAGCCAUUCUGGGAAAAAAUGAUAUAUUUGGAGAAAUGGUCCAUCUUUAUGCCAAACCUGGAAAGUCUAACGCAGAUGUACGAGCACUUACAUAUUGUGACUUACAUAAGAUUCAGCGAGAAGACUUGUUAGAGGUUUUGGACAUGUAUCCUGAGUUUUCCGAUCACUUUCUAACAAAUCUAGAGUUGACUUUCAACCUAAGACACGAGAGUGCAAAGGCUGAUCUUUUACUACGAUCACAAUCCAUGAAUGAUUCUGAGGGAGACAACUGUAAACUACGAAGAAGGAAAUUGUCAUUUGAAAGUGAAGGAGACAGAGAUUUUGGCAAAGAAAGCACCAAUGAUCCUGAAGAUUCUGAGGAUACCAUAAGACAUUAUCAGAGUUCCAAGAAACACUUUGAAGAGAAGAAAAGCCGAUCAUCAUCUUUCAUCUCCUCCAUUGACGAUGAACAGAAGCCACUCUUCUCAGGAAUAGUAGACUCUUCUCCGGGGGUGGGAAAAGCAACUGGGCUCAAUUUUGAGGAAACAAUGCCCACUUCAGGAAGAAUUCCUGUAGAUAGAAGAAGUCAUUCUUGCAAAGAUAUCACUGAAUUGCGAAGCUGGGAUAGAGAAAACCCCCGAACUCAGGCAGAGGAGGCCAGCCCCUCAGCACUUCAACGAGCCGCCUGGGGCAUCUCUGAAACCGAGAGUGACCUCACCUAUGGGGAAGUGGAGCAAAGAUUAGAUUUGCUUCAAGAACAGCUUAACAGACUUGAAUCCCAAAUGACAGCUGACAUCCAGACCAUCUUACAGCUGCUGCAGAAACAAACCACUGUGGUCCCCCCAGCCUACAGUAUGGUAACUGCAGGAGCCGAGUAUCAGAGACCCGUCCUCCGCCUGAUGAGAACCAGUCAUCCCAUGGCAUCCAUCAAGACAGACCGAAGUUUCAGCCCUUCCUCACAAUAUCCUGAAUUUCUAGACCUCGAAAAAUCUAAACUUAAAUCCAAAGAAUCGCUCUCAAGAGGCGCACAUCUGAACACAGCUUCAGAAGAGAACCUGACUUCACUGUUAAAACAGGACAGUGACCACUCUUUAGAGCUUCACCUGAGGCAAAGAAAAACUCUACCCCAUCCAGUUAGGCAUCCGUCUUUGCCAGAUUCAUCCCUAAGCACUGUAGGGAUCUUGGGUCUUCAUAGGCAUGUUUCCGAUCCGGGUCUUCCGGGGAAAUAA